AUAAAGCUGUCCCUUGUCAGUGAGAGCCUUGACUUCUCCAGCCUGCCAGACUGCGGUAUUUUGCCUGACAAGCCUCCUUCCCUCCUGAAGUGACAGUUCAGCCUGCAGAGCAGCCAUGGGAGACGCUGAGAUGGCGGAGUUUGGGGCCGCCGCCCCCUACCUGCGCAAGUCAGACAGGGAGCGUCUGGAGGCACAGACUCGCCCCUUCGACAUGAAGAAGCAGUGCUUCGUACCCGACCCCGUGGAGGAGUUUGUGAAGGCAACAAUCAUAAGCCGCGAAGGAGAUAAGGUCACUGCGGAGACCUACCAUGGGAAGACUGUCACAGUGAAAGACAGUCAGGUCGUCCAACAGAACCCGCCCAAGUUCGAUAAAAUCGAAGACAUGGCCAUGCUGACCUUCCUGCACGAGCCCGCUGUGCUGUACAACCUCAAAGAGCGUUACGCAGCCUGGAUGAUCUACACCUACUCUGGGCUGUUCUGCGUCACUGUCAACCCCUACAAGUGGCUGCCUGUGUACAAUGCAGAGGUGGUCAAUGCCUACAGAGGCAAGAAGAGGACUGAAGCUCCUCCCCACAUCUUCUCCAUCUCUGACAACGCCUAUCAGUACAUGCUGACAGACAGAGAAAACCAGUCCAUCCUCAUCACUGGAGAAUCCGGUGCUGGGAAGACUGUGAACACCAAGAGGGUCAUUCAGUACUUUGCCAGCAUUGCGGCUGUGGGCGGGAAGAAGGACUCGGCAGCGGCUAACAAGGGCACCCUGGAGGAUCAAAUCAUCCAGGCCAACCCAGCCCUGGAGGCCUUUGGCAAUGCCAAGACUGCGAGGAACGACAACUCCUCGCGAUUUGGCAAAUUCAUCCGAAUUCACUUUGGGACCACUGGAAAACUUGCAUCUGCUGACAUUGAGACAUAUCUGCUGGAGAAGUCUCGUGUGACCUUCCAGCUCAAGGCUGAGAGAGACUAUCACAUCUUCUACCAGAUCCUGUCCCAGAAGAAGCCAGAGCUGCUGGAGAUGCUGCUCAUCACCAACAACCCCUAUGACUAUGCCUUCAUCUCCCAAGGAGAGACCACAGUGGCGUCCAUUGAUGAUGCUGAUGAGCUGAUGGCCACAGACAGCGCUUUUGAUGUGCUGGGCUUCACUCAGGAAGAGAAAAACAGCAUCUAUAAGCUGACUGGAGCCAUCAUGCACUACGGCAACAUGAAGUUCAAGCAGAAGCAGCGAGAGGAACAGGCAGAGUCUGAUGGCACUGAGGAUGCUGACAAGUCUGCCUAUCUGAUGGGUCUGAACUCUGCUGAUCUCAUCAAGGGUCUGUGUCACCCCAGGGUGAAAGUAGGGAAUGAAUGGGUGACCAAGGGGCAGAAUGUCCAGCAGGUGAACUACGCCGUUGGUGCCCUGUCCAAGGCAGUGUAUGAGAGGAUGUUCCUGUGGAUGGUGGUGAGAAUCAACCAGUCCCUGGAGACCAAGCAGCCUCGCCAGUACUUCAUCGGUGUGCUGGACAUUGCUGGGUUCGAGAUCUUUGAGUUCAACACAUUUGAGCAGCUGUGCAUCAACUUCACCAACGAGAAGCUGCAGCAGUUCUUCAACCACCACAUGUUUGUGCUGGAGCAGGAGGAGUACAAGAAGGAGGGGAUCGAAUGGGAGUUCAUUGACUUCGGCAUGGACCUGCAGGCCUGCAUUGACCUCAUUGAGAAGCCCAUGGGUAUCAUGUCCAUCCUUGAAGAGGAGUGCAUGUUCCCCAAGGCCAGUGAUACUACCUUCAAAGCCAAGCUGUACGACAACCAUCUUGGCAAAUCAGCAAACUUCCAGAAGCCCAGGAUUGUCAAGGGGAAACCAGAGGCCCAUUUUGCCCUGGUUCACUACGCUGGCACUGUGGACUACAACAUCAAUGGUUGGCUGGUGAAGAACAAGGACCCCCUGAAUGAGACGGUGGUGGGGCUGUACCAGAAGUCUUCUCUCAAGCUGCUCAGCAUCCUGUUCGCUAAUUAUGCUAGUAGUGACUCAGCACAAGAAGGGGGCAAAGGCAAAGGAGGAGGAAAGAAGAAGGGUUCGUCCUUCCAGACUGUGUCAGCUCUCCACAGGGAGAACCUGAACAAGCUGAUGACAAACCUGAGGUCCACCCACCCUCACUUUGUGCGCUGUAUCAUCCCCAAUGAGACUAAGACUCCAGGAGCCAUGGAGAAUCCUCUGGUAAUGCACCAGCUGCGCUGUAAUGGUGUGCUGGAAGGCAUCAGGAUCUGCAGAAAGGGUUUCCCCAACAGGAUCCUGUACGGGGACUUCAAACAGAGAUACCGCAUCCUGAACCCCUCUGCCAUCCCUGAAGGCCAGUUCAUAGACAGCAAGAAGGGAGCAGAAAAACUGCUGGGGUCCCUGGACAUUGACUGCCAACAGUACAGAUUUGGACACACUAAGGUGUUCUUCAAGGCUGGGUUGCUGGGUCAGCUGGAGGAGAUGAGAGAUGACCGCUUGUCUCUCAUCAUCACUGCUAUCCAGGCCAGGUCCCGUGGUCUUCUCUCAAGAAUUGAGUACCAGAAGAUCGUAGAGCGCAGAGAUGCCCUGCUCGUGAUCCAGUGGAACGUCCGAGCCUUCAUGAGUGUGAAGAAUUGGCCCUGGAUGAAGCUCUUCUUCAAGAUCAAACCUUUGCUAAGAUCUGCUGAAGCUGAGAAGGAGAUGGCCAACAUGAAGGAGGAGUUCCUGAAGCUCAAAGAGGCCUACGCCAAAUCUGAGGCCCGCAGGAAGGAGCUGGAAGAGAAGAUGGUCUCUCUUCUCCAAGAGAAGAAUGAUCUGCAGCUGCAAGUUCAGGCUGAACAAGAUAAUCUUUGUGAUGCUGAGGAACGGUGUGACCAGCUGAUUAAGAACAAGAUCCAGCUGGAGGCCAAAGCGAAGGAGCUGACAGAGAGGCUGGAGGAUGAGGAGGAGAUGAACGCAGAGCUGACUGCCAAGAAGAGAACUAAUUUGGAAAAGAUGUGCAGGACUCUGGAAGACCAGAUGAAUGAGUACCGGACCAAGUCUGAAGAAAGCCAGCGUGCUAUCAAUGACUUUACUAUGCAGAAAGCCAAGUUGCAGACUGAGAAUGGGGAGCUGUCCAGGCAGCUGGAAGAGAAGGAGUCUCUAGUCUCCCAGCUGACUAGAGGCAAGCAGUCCUACACCCAGCAGAUUGAGGACCUCAAGAGACAACUGGAAGAGGAAGUCAAGGCGAAGAAUGCGCUGGCCCACGCAACGCAGUCUGCUCGCCAUGAUGCAGACCUGCUGAGGGAGCAGUAUGAGGAGGAGCAGGAGGCCAAGGCUGAGCUGCAGCGCAGUCUGUCCAAGGCCAAUGCUGAAGUGGCUCAGUGGAGAACCAAAUACGAGACUGACGCCAUCCAGAGGACAGAGGAGCUGGAGGAUGCAAAGAAGAAGCUGGCUCAGAGGCUGCAGGAUGCAGAGGAGGCCGUGGAGGCUGUGAACGCUAAAUGUUCCUCCCUGGAGAAGACCAAACACCGUCUGCAGAAUGAGAUCGAAGAUCUGAUGGUGGAUCUGGAGAGGUCUAAUGCAGCUGCUGCGGCUCUGGACAAGAAGCAGAGGAACUUUGACAAGGUACCACUGGACAUGAGUCUGAGUGAUCUGAGGGAGACCUCAAUGAGCCUCUCUGAAGCCCCUGUAAUAAAGAAGAAGAUGGAGGGAGACCUCAAUGAGAUGGAGAUCCAGCUCAGCCAGGCCAACAGGCUGGCGGCAGAAGCCCAGAAACAGCUGAAGAGCCUGCACUCCCAUCUGAAGGAUGCUCAGCUGCAGCUGGACGACUCCCUCCGUGUCAACGAUGACCUGAAGGAGAACAUCGCCAUUGUGGAGAGACGCAACAACCUGCUGCAGGCGGAGCUGGAGGAGCUGCGCUCGGUGGUGGAGCAGACAGAGAGAGCCCGCAAGCUGGCGGAGCAGGAGCUGCUGGACGUCAGCGAGAGGGUGCAGCUGCUGCACUCCCAGAACACCAGCCUGAUUAACCAGAAGAAGAAGCUGGAGGCUGAUACAUCCCAGCUGCAGACGGAGGUGGAGGAGGCUGUGCAGGAGUGCAGGAACGCAGAGGAAAAGGCCAAGAAGGCCAUCACUGACGCUGCCAUGAUGGCAGAGGAGCUGAAGAAGGAGCAGGACACCAGCGCUCACCUGGAGCGCAUGAAGAAGAACAUGGAGCAGACCAUCAAGGACCUGCAGCACCGUCUGGACGAGGCGGAGCAGAUCGCCAUGAAGGGCGGCAAGAAGCAAGUCCAGAAGCUGGAGGCCCGCGUGAGGGAGCUGGAGAACGAGUUGGAGGCUGAACAAAGAAAAACUGUAGAGUCCGUGAAGGGAAUGAGGAAAUACGAGAGACGCCUCAAGGAGCUCACCUACCAGACGGAGGAGGACCGUAAGAAUAUGGCCCGCCUGCAGGAUCUGGUGGACAAACUGCAGCUGAAGGUGAAAUCCUACAAGAGAGCUGCUGAGGAGGCUGAGGAGCAGGCCAACACCAACCUGGGCAAGUUCCGCAAGCUGCAGCACGAGCUGGACGAAGCCGAGGAGAGGGCUGACAUUGCGGAGUCCCAGGUCAACAAGCUGCGCGCCAAGACCCGUGAAGUGGGCUCCAAGAAAGGGCUUGAUGAAGAGUGAAGCUCUCAGAAGGACCUUUCUGAAAACCUCUAGUCUGCUGUGCUUUAGUCUACCUCUGCUUUCUCUCUGCCCUUCCUCUAAUUCUGUAGAAUAAAAUCAGUUUCAAAUCAAA